AUGGCUUGCCUCUGCUCCAUGAUGUCUGGACCACAUGCAUCGGGAGCCUACCCUGGGCAAGCAGGUGGGCCUGGGGCCUACCCGCCUCCUGGACCACCACAUGCUCCUGGAGCCUACCCUGCUGCCGGCCCCUGUGGCGUUCCUGCCGGACCAGUGACUGUGCCUUAUGACCUGCCUUUGCCUGUAGGAGUCAUGCCUCGCAUGCUGAAAACAAUUCUGGGCACAGUAAAGCCCAAUGCAAACAGAUUUGCUUUAGAUUUCAAGAGAAGGAAUGAUGUCGCCUUCCACUUUAACCCACGCUUCAAUGAGCAGAACAGGAGAGUCAUUGUUUGCAAUACAAAGCUGGAUAAUGUCUGGGGAAGGGAAGAAAGACAGAUGGUUUUCCCAUUUGAAAGUGGUAAACCAUUCAAAAUACAAGUCCUGGUUGAAGCUGACCACUUCAAGGUUUCCGUCAACGAUGCUCACUUGUUGCAGUACAAUCAUCGGAUGAGAAAUCUCAGGGAAAUCAGCAAACUGGGAAUUUCCGGUGACAUAAAUCUCACCAGUGCUUCGCACACUAUGAUAUAAUCUUAAUGGGGCAGAUACUUUUUUAAAAAAUGAAAUUCAAUGUAAACUUUCCACAUUCAAAGUUCUCAUGUUUAACACGAGUGAAAAAUUUUACCUUUAUUCAUCAAUAUCCUUCUUAUAAAUCAUCCACUAAAUAAAUAUUCUAA